GGAAUCCUAAUAAGAAUCCAUGGCCACACUUGUGCUGGAGCGCGGGGGAGGUUCCGAUUCCGAUGGGCAGAGUUUUUAUAUAAGCCCCUCUAUGUGCCACUCGUCUCUUCUCUCGCCAACAAGCCAGCAACAACAACAACAGCGCACACGCGUAUAAAUAAACGUGAACGCAUGUACUUAAUAUUAGCAUAGAGUUGUCGCCUGCGAGUAUUACAUACCUACUCCCAUGACAACGGGACCUCAACCAGAACAACAACAAAAGCAACGGCGAAGCAGCUAGAAGAAGAGCAGGGGAGAAGGAAAGGGAGAAGAAGAAGCGCUGGAAGAGGUCCACCCACUAUAUAGCACCACCCAAAAGGUCCCCAAUGCUGGCGUAAGGAAGCCGAAACACCUGCUGCUGCCUGUGGAAAAGCCGGAGGAACUGCUCCAAACUGCCCCGGUGACAUCCAACCCCUGCCGCCUUGAGGAACUGGGCGCAACGGAGGAGGAAACAGAAACGGAUACAGAAGCGGUCACGAUUUCGAACUAGCGGCCACCAUGAACGCCAGCCUCAUCUAUGAGAUACUCAUGUAUCUGAACUCGUUCUACUUCGGCCUGUACGCCGCCUUCGAGGUGGGCGUGGGCGUUCUCAAGUCGAUCAAUCUCGACUACGGCGAGAACGCGUUGUCCCGGGAGAUCGGCAUCCUGCUCUCCCUGUGCAUCAUCGAGACCCUGCGCAUCGUCUUCGGCCGCAAGAGCAGUCUCAGCGAUCGUGGCUGGCAAGCAACCGCAUCCGUAAUAUUAACACUGCCCAGUCUUGCUAUUGUUAUCUACUUGUGUUGCUUUCAAACCUAUGUUCUCAAGCUCGAAAUUAUUCUGAGUGCCUUAAUGAUCAUCCUACAAGGUGCUGAACUAGUCUACGCCAGCAUAUUCAUUUGUACAAUGUGUCGCCCCGUAACAUACACCUAGCAGUUGAUGAGCCACGUUGCCGCCGCCACGUCAACGACCAAGAUCGAGAUCAAGACCAAGCCAGCACCACAACUCCCACCUGGAGGAGAAGGAGGAGGAGCAUCCACAGCCGAGAGACGACUACGACGAAGACGAGACACCUUCCUUUGGCACAUACACAUCGAGAGAUUCGCAAAGGCCUCUAAACUGAGCCACUUUGAAGCAGACUAAACUACAAAGACCGCUUAAGGAUCCACUUAAAAAACAGUAAACUCCGUACCGAAACAUACCCAUUGGGUGGCAAUUGAGGAGGAUUUUCACCCAG